GUAAAAAAGCAAAGGCAAAUGAAAGAAAAAAGAAAGAAAAAGCAAAGUAGUUGCCUCCACCAUACACAAAAUUUCCUUUAUAACCAACCCACACAAUUCAUUCCAACUUCCCCCACUCCCUCAAACCCUAAUUCCAACAUUUUCAAAAUGACCCAACAAUCCAUCUCCAAUUUCACCCUAACCCAAUCCAUAUACGAAGCAGCUCUAAUCCUCGCACUUCUAAGAUGGAUCCUCUGUUUCCUUUUCAAAACGAUCAAAAACCGAAACACAUCCCAACACCAACACCAACAACAUUGUUGUCAAAUGUUACCAUUAACCAGCUUCGGAGAAAUCAUAGAAAGACAUCCGGAAACACAGGACUCUUCUACCACAUGUGCCGUUUGUUUGAACAAGAUGAAAAUGGAAGACGAGGUUAGAGAAUUGAUGAACUGUUGUCACGUGUUUCAUAGAGAAUGUAUCGAUAAAUGGUUGGAACAUGGUCAUGAGAAUGAGAAUCAUAAUCAAACUUGUCCACUUUGUAGGGCUCCUUUGAUUAGUACUGAUGCGGUUUCUUCCGGAGUUUUGAGCGAUUGUGUUUCUCCUAAUCAACCUAGUUGGGCUGUCGAGAGACUUCUUUAUCUCUUUGGUGAUGAUCUUUUGUCUUGUUGAUUAUUAUAAGAUGAUCAUAGAUUAGGGAAAUUCAUUAUUUGUUGAAAUUUUCUUAGCUUAAGUCAAAAUCCUCUUUUGUUGUUGCUUUGUUGGGGUUAGAUGCAACAAAGUUUAGUACAUGUUAAGACACAAAAUUUGUAUGUAUAGGUUUAUGUUUAUGUUUGUAUCUAUCUACUAUGUGUAUAUUUUAUUCACAUUUGAUCUAUAUAAAAUAUCACUACUUCUGAUUA